AUGGCUCCAAGUCGCCUUGCUGUUAUGAUGUUUUUUAUGUUUUUGGCUGAAGCCAAGCUCUACAGACCGUUCCAGUACAACCUGCACAAGACCGGCUCCGGUCAACACCACGACCCGGGGAAACCCACCAGCAGACACAAGAACCACUGUGCCUAUGUGGUUGAAAAGAUGGUGUCCUUCACCAUGCAGGAUGGGGUCGCCCCCUAUGUAAAGGCAGAAUACAACAAGUGCCCCUGGGGGCAGAAGUGUCCAACGCUCCUGUAUCGUCUGAUGUACAAACCCGUCUACAAAGCAGCGCACAAAACUGUUACAGAGCUGGAGUGGCGCUGCUGCCCAGGAUACUCCGGUUAUGGGUGUAUGGACGGACCUCCAGCUUAUCAGCACCCUGUGAAAAUGAUGCCUCCUUUCAAGGGCCAACAGUUCAAGGGCCUGCAGCUGAAAGGUCCGCUGUUCAAGGGUCCAGCCGUUUAUGCUGGCGGCAAAGCAAACACGUGGAGUCCACCCAAAGGACCCGGCAGCAGUCUGAACACCUACCCCACGCAUCACUUCAGGCCCCUGAUACCUGCCUCAUACCCCGAGACCUCCUAUGAGCCCUAUGAGCCCCAGCCACAGCCCGACCACAAGGAUCCACAUCACUCAGAACUAGAACCAGAAGCAGAGCAUGAACAUGACCCAGAACAUCGACAUGAACAUGAGAUUGAAGAACAGAUCCAAGAGGAGACGACUCCCCCUUCUGGAGGUGAAGAGAUUGAAGGCCGGAUGGCAGACGAUGAGACAGCGGAGCGUCUGGAUCGAAUGGAGGAUGAUGUAAGGCGUCUGAGCGAGGGCCUGGAGAACCUGCGGGGGACCGUGAAUGGACUGGAGGACAGUCUGCGAGCCUCACUGAGAGAGGAUGCCAACAGGAUGCUUUCUACACUUCUCUCCGCCGCCCCCAACCCCAUCGCUGCACCAGCGCUGGCCUCCAGUCACUCCGCUAUCGGCUUUGGCGACAUCCCCGGAGGAGGCCCUGAGGCAGAGGGCCUUGACGGAGGACAUGUGCUCCCCAACCUGGGGGAGCUCAGUGGAAGGCUGGAGGAGCUAAGAGCCGAGUUGCAAGCCAAGACGGCCGAGCUACAGGAGCUCCGAGCAACUGUGAUGGGUCACGAUGGAGCCCUGAAGACACUGUCGGGUGUGACAGGCACACAAUCGGGCAUGGCGGGGUCCCCGAUGGGAGACACCCAGAGGGCCAUGGAGAAGUUGGUGGACACCAAACUGAGCGGUACUCAGGCGGAGAUUCUGAGUGGGUUUGAGAAGCGGGUGGAGAGCGUGGAGGUACACUGUGAAGAGAAAGCCAGUGAGGUGCGUCGCCAGUGCCGGAGGGAGCAGGCCGAGCAGCAGGAGCAGAUGGAGCAGGCCAUCGAAGGCAGCGCCGUCGACCUGAGGAGAGAGCUGGGAGCCCUCCAGGCACAGAUCCAAGGUUUGACCACAACGGAGAGCUGCUGCAGUCAAACAGCCGGUCUGACGGAGAGGGUGCAGCUGCUGGAGCAGUCCAUGGCAGGACUCAACCAGUCCCAGAGACACCUUCAGGUGGCGCUGGGAGGACACACGGAUCACAUCCAGGGCAUCUUGGAGGGGCGGCUAGGUUACGUGGAGGCCAAGCUCAACCUGACUGGGAAGGUGAAAGGUGAUGAGACGCCGGGUAUGAGUGGUGUUUCGGUCGGACACGAGAUGGCGUACAGCCUGGAAGCAACAGUAGAAGGAAAGCUAAAGGCUCUGGAGGACUGUCUGCUAGCAGCCGUAGAAGAGCUGGGUAAUGCCACAGCCCCCGCCCUGCUGGAGGGCCAUGCUGUGCCCACUCUGGAGACCGAGCUGGAGUCCCUCAGGAAGAGGCUGGAGAUGGAUGUGGACAGAGUACAGAAACACCUGAGCAACCUGGAGGUCCUCUGCUCCUCUUCGUGUUCCUCCCCUUCCACUCCGCCUGCCAUCCAGGGCGAUGCCGCGGCAUCAAGUGUUAACCCGUCAGAGGAGGAGAGCAUGAAACAGAUGCUCAACUUGCAGCUGGAGCGUCUUGAGAGCCUCAACGCCACGCUGCAGAACCUCCUGCGCCAUCCGUCCUUCCGAGACCAGCAGGACGGAGAAGGGGAGGACUCCUCCAUCCAGGGUGAACUCACUAUUCUCAAGUUCAAUGUGCGCUCCAUCAAUCGCACACUGAAAGGCCUCCGGAACUCCGUUGGAGCUGUGGUCCACCAGAUGGGUGAAGCCAACAACACCUGGCUGGAGCGAGAGGAGCGGCUGGCACAACAGAUGAAGGGUGUGGUCCAGCUGGUGGGACGUCAGGCUUCCAUGUUGGGGGCUGGCGAGCGCAGACUGACCCGCCUGAAGGCUGAGCUGCAGGAGAUGAAGAGGCGGCUCGCCGGGGAGGUGCAGGGCUGCAGAAGUACGGCCCUCGGGAUCCAGAAAGAGGUCAUUGAGGUGGGAGGUCGCAUGGCCACUGUCGAGGACCAGUGCAAAGAUUUGACUCACAUAGCGGAGGACCUGGAGAGAAUAAGGGAGGAGCUGGAGAGACAAUCGGAUGGGCUCCUCUCUCAAAUCAACGGUACACUCUACAACCACGCUCAGCAGCUGUUGGACCUCAAAGACGGACUCAGAAACUGCACCUCAAAAGUGGAGCCCACCCAGAACAGUCUGGAGGUGGAGCCGGAACCAAGAAGAGGAGACACAUUUACUUUGAUUUAA